CGUCAGAAUUUUGUUCCAGGAAGUUAUUCUUCGAGUAAAAUCUUUGUAUAUUAAAUGUAUGGUCUUGUGCUUUGCCGUUACAAUCGGCUAGAGGGUUAUAUUAUUGAAACAAAGUAAAUAUAUUUCGGGAGUUUCAUGUUGGCUUUGUGUAUUUAUGAUUGAUCGUGUAAGACCAACGUUAGUUAGGCAAGGCGUUAUGCAACAAAGUGACAUCGACCGAGUUGUGUCUGUGAGCGUUAAGCUAACGUUAUUUAGCCGAACUUAGCAUGAGGUUUGCGUGUAUUUUUUGAGUUAUAUAGAGGGGUUAUAUCAGACAAAAUCGGACUAUUCACUGAUAAGAUAUCUUUCUACCAUAAUCUUCAAGAAAUGGCUCUGGUGACACUAACGAGAAGACUUGCUAUUGUUUCGCUACGAGAAAGUCCGCUACGACGAACCACCGAAUUAAUUUUAGCUACAGACACAGGUUCCAAGAAUUUGUCAUUGACAGUUCUGAGAAAUGCUUGUGUCCGUCAAAAGAAUUUUAGCACCAGCAUACAGCCUCUCAGAGCUGACAAUAAGGUGACAGUCCACUUUAUCAACCGAGAUGGCGAGAAGAUCUCGGUCAAAGGCUCUCCUGGAGACUCUCUCCUAGAUGUCGUUAUCAAUCAGGACCUCGAUUUUGAUGGUUUUGGUGCAUGUGAGGGAACGCUGGCCUGUUCUACCUGUCACCUGAUCUUUGACGAAGAUGUGUAUAAUAAGCUGGGACCAGUGACUGACGAGGAAAUGGACAUGCUAGACCUGGCCUAUGGACUCACAGACACGUCCCGUCUGGGUUGCCAGAUCUGCUUAACCAGGUCGUUGGAUGGUAUGACGGCAAGGGUGCCUGAGAGCGUGGCAGACAUCCGACAGAGUGGAGACGGGUCCUCUUAAUGGUGACCCAAGGGUCCCAGUCAAGUUCAGGCCGACAAGGCUCAAGAGCCAUCCCAUUUAAACCUGCCCCAUAUUGGUACCACAUCAACUGCCAUGUUUCAGUCACCAGACUAGCAUUUCCAGAUUUUAAGGGGUAGGGUAGAUAUUGGAACGGUCACAAAGCUCAGAAAGACAUUUUCAGAUAGAUCUUUUUCCAGUGAACUACCAGCUGUAUCAGGUUGCAAAAUUAUUUUCCGGAUUUCAGAAUGACUGAUAUGUCCAGAGACUAGACCUGACUAAUUAUUCUGAUGCUUUACUUUACCAUUUCUAUGGCCACCCGUUGUUUAAUCAAGUCACAUAUCCCCACUGUCAUACCCGUAGAAAUCAGAAGAAACUGAAUGGUCUUGUAACCAUGGCAGUGACAGGCAAAGCCGUGGGUACACUCCCAGUGUCUGCCUGGUGUUGUGACGCAAUGUAGAAUAAUUAUGUGACACUGAUAUGAACUGAUGUAGCCGAGAUUGAUGGGAACAACUCCUUCUUAAGCUUAAGACAGCGUAUGUUUUCAAGCUGAUGUGUGAAAAUAUAAUUCAUGGAUUGGCAUUGAAGACUUGGUCACUAGUCAGAAAAUGGCUAUUAAAUAGUAGAAUAUUUUUUUAAACAUCUAAAAGAUUCGAAUGUCAGUUAAGCCGUAAUUCUAUAAUGGAGUAGUAAACUGAAAUCUAUUAUGGUUGUGUUUUUUUUUCACUUUGCUGACGGUUUUUGUUCUGCUACCAUUCACUCUCAGUCAUACCUAAAAUGGAAGCUGGUCCCAUGUUGAAUUAUGGGACAGAGUUAUAGCGUCAACAAUACAAGGUUAAUACAAAAUUAAUUCUUAUAUCCUUUGUUUUAUUACCCAUUUUUACCUAAUAGACUUGAAUGGGGUAGCCUGUCCCAUUACAUUUUUAUGUUCAUACCAUUCAUGUACCAUUUACAGUUCAGUCCUUUAGCAGACAGUCUUAUCCAAAGUGACUUGACCUGAGUCAAGAAAUUAGGGGUAUAUGUCUUCGCUCAAGGAAAGUAUGACAGAUUUAUCACCUUGAUUGCUUGGAGGUUCCAUCUAAAAACCUUUUGGUUACUGGCCAGAUGCUGUAAUGGCCAGGCCACCAAACAUUACUUUCAUAUCCCAAAAUGGCACUAACCUGUGUAGUCAGGACUGCUGUAAUAAAAUGUCUUUCUAAUGAG